GUCAGUCAGUCAGUUUUUCACAAGCUGUUGCAUGCAGCCCCUCUCCACAACGCGUGGGUGAAAGCAGAAGGAAGAUGAGAGGAGAAGAGAGGUGGGGAACUGCAGCUGCCUAACCCGGGAAUGAAGGCGCAAGAAUGCGCUGUGAGACGGUGUGGAGGAACCGCCGCAGUUACGCACACAAGAAGAAGUGACUCUCGGUGUUAAAGAGUCUUGGCCGAGACAGGAAAAAAAAAAAAAAGUUUGCCUCAGAAGUAGACUUCACCAAGCCGCAGAGAUGAGACCGAACUUUUCUACAAGUUGGAUAGUCCGAGGCUGGAUAACGUGCGUCCUCGUCGGCUUUUACGCACAGAACGUGGUCUCCAAAUCUCUCACAUGUGAUGAAAAACAUUAUGAAAAAAACUCAAGAUGCUGCGAAAAGUGUGAACCAGGCUUCCGUGUGUAUACUCACUGCACUGAUUCCCAACCGACUAAAUGUAUCAGAUGCAGUCGUGGUGAAUACCAGCCCGGCUGGACUGAAGAGAUGCGCUGUAUUCAGCAGAAGUUCUGUGACCCAGGGAAGGGUUUCAUGACGAGGCCUGAGAACCCAGUGGCGGAGGAGCCGUGCCGAUGUGACGCCGGCCUCCAGUGCUACCCCAUCAACUGUGAGUUCUGUGAGAGGAUACCCACCUGCAGCGCCGGACAGGGACUCGAGAUGGACCCUGAUUCUACUAAUGGAAGGAAGAUUUGCGUUGGGUGUAAGAAAGGCUUCUUCUCUGAGGUCAACAGCGCUGGACAAUGCAAACCAUGGACUAACUGUAAGGCUGAGGGCAGGAGUGAACUUCAGCCCGGCAGCGCUCAGGCCGACGCGAUUUGUGGACCACCUGUCUCACCUGCUCCAGCGCCCUCCUGGGUUAUAGUUUCUGUUCUGUCAGUCAUCACUGUUCUGUGUCUCCUCAUCCUGCUCCUCUUCUGCUACAAGGACAAACUGAAAUUACUCUCUGUGAAUCUGCGGUCCUGUGUCCAGAAUCUGAAGAGAACUAGGAUACAACAGGAGACCCUGGCCCCUCUUUACCACAGUGGAGCCGGAGGAGGCGGUCCAGGAGGCCCCAAAUGUACACCGUGCGAAACGAGCAAACUCAUCUGUCAAGCACCGCACAGUCCAGCUGAUGAGACCCUUUGUACAUUCCCCACCUCCGUUCCCGAUGUCAAGGUGUCGCUGCCCCUCACAGAGGAAGAAGGGACCAAGGGGAAGACGCAGACGGAGGCUCAGAGCGAAGGGUCCGGAGAACCGGAGGAGGUGUCGGAAGAUGAGGAGAUCGCAAGCGUGUCUCCCCUGUUGGCAGGUUCUUGCGUGUGCAUCAUUCCCAUCCGCGAGCCACUGGAAGUAGGGGAGAACGAGGACUGCAGCCAGGCCGUCAGCCACGGGACUGCAGGGACCUGCUCGUGUGGAGGGCUGGACGGAGACGAAAGUGGCAAAGAGGAGAAAAGUGAGAUUGUAAGGUCCGACAACAGCGGAGAAAAGGGGAAUGGAAAUCUAGAAACUGCGGUCUCGUCCAAGUGUGAGACAGGUGUUACAUCACUUGUCUCUCUUUCUCCGCCGCUCCUCCACACCUCCGCCGCAAUCCCUCCAUCCAGUCCUGAGCUCUGCCUGCCGUUGUCUCAGGCUCAGGUGAGGCCGGAGUUCAAACCUCACCUGAGUGACAGGCCACUGGUAAAACAGGAGGAUUUUUACAGGCUGACGAGCACAGACUCCACCUCCACAGAUAAUAGCGCAGCCUUCACGAUGACCUCGGUUAGCCCCUUGAUGACUUCCUCAUCUGUCGGAGAUCUCUACCUGGACAAGCCGGCUGAGGCCUCGAGCCCGGAGCAAGGCCAGGGACUUUCCUGGGGGGACAGCAAGGGAAACAAACUCUCUUCUGUGGAGUCAGGACUGGAGUGCACACCUGAGAGCCUCCAUAGUCAGCUGGCUGACCCAACUCUUACCUCAGGUCAGGUGUCCGGGAACCACAACACCACCUUCAUCUCCAGUGGUCAGGUGAUGAACUUCAGCGGCGACGUGAUCGUCGUGUACGUCAGCCAGACAUCUCUAGGCAGCGACGGGGCGGGCCAGGACGACGCCUUCGGGAGCCCCGUCCAGGAAGAGGCCAACGAGACAGCCCCGUUUUUCCAGAGCUGCCCGAGGUCACAAGGGGACUCCGUUUCCCAAAGCACCUUGCAAGACGAGACACUGCCAGUCCAGGAAGUGAUGGAGAAGCGGCCGCUGCGCAAGUGAAAAGCAACCGAUGGCUGUUUAUCUGUCAGUGCAAUUGAUCAUCUCCAUCAGUUAGAUGUCACACAAAUGCCCCGAGAAAUCUUAGCUCCCAAUGAAAUCACACACAAAAAACAACACGGAAAUAAAACAAAGUUUGUCUUCCAUACCAGCGUUCCAUGAACAAUGAAAGGAAGGUUUUUUUAACUAAAUGAUGGAAUGUAAUCUUUUUUUCUAUUUCAUACAUUAGUUGCUGAAUCUUGUCUCAGGCAUCUUCUCAAGUGCCUUUUCUUCAUUUUCCAGUGGAAAGCUGCUGGCUUUUUUAAAUGGAAACCCCCUUCAUUCCAGACAGUGAUGGGGAAUUUUGUUGGGAAUUGGAUGUGGAAUGAGAGUUCAGACUGGAGGAACUUCAUGUUUUUACUAUUGCAUUAAAACUGCAGCCAGGUGAUUGAUAGAAUCUCCCACCAUCUGUCAUAGAGUAGUCUGGGUUAAUUCCGUACUAUCCUGGUUUUUUAAUCCUAAAUUUGACAUUUGGAUGAUUUCAUGAGCUCCAUUACACAACAAAACAUCCACUGUGUGGAAAUAAUUGUGUUUGCUCCAUCAGCUUCAAGCCAAAGUAAAUAUUUCUAUGGUAGAAAAGUUAAUCGAUUUGCUACAUUAAGAUCUGGCAGGGUAAUCUCAAAGUUUGUUAAAGAAUAAAACAAUUGUUAUGAAAUUUAAACAUUUCACUGAGUGAAUUUCCCUUUCUUGUGGCUUUCAGGGUUUAACAAAAGCUAAUUUUCAAGAGAGACAGUCAGGUUGGGUACGAUGCUUGUUUAUUCUGUAUGUAGACUUUUUUUAUUCUCUUCUCAUUGCACCCCAGGUGCAGUUUGUGUCUAAGAAAAAAAAAUGCUGUGCAUUUGAUAAGCUAUUUUAAUACUGGUUUGUGUUGUUCCACUAUGUUUUAAUGUGCAAGCCUUAAUGAAGAAAGGUUAAAUGUCAGCCUGUUUAUAUUUAGUUUUAAUUAAUUUUCACAAAGUAGAUUGUUUAUGUAUUGUUUCAGAGGAUGCAUAUGUGAUCAAUGUUUGUAUAUAUUUCAAAAGGAGCUUGAUCUUCUUGUGACAAUAAGAAUGAAUACUCUCUUUGUGCCUUCUCUCUGUUGAUUUGUGGAUGUGCUGAGCGGAGCCAUUAACAGCAGGCAAACACUCUCGCUCAAGGAGUUAAAAGGGACUGUUCAAUGACAACCUCAUAUGUAUGCAGCCUCUCGGUAACUAUGUACAUAUCAAUCAAACAAUUGCAAUGAACGACUGAAAGAAUAUUUUGAUCAAAAAUUAAAUAUGUUUUGCAUCUAA